UUAAGAGCGGGUCGGCAUGCCGAAUGUCAUCAGUUAACUCGAGAUCACCGCAACAGGAACAUCACAAGUGCAGUGUUCCACUUGGACAGUCACAGCUAAGGGCCUAGCAGUCCAUCAAUUUACCAAACACAAUAUGCGCGCUUUUGUGGUACUCGCCUGCGUGGCGUUGGCUUACGGCCGGCCCGAGCCGCCGGUCGGCUACAGCUACUCAUCCCCCGCCCGCGCGCCAUCUGGCAGCUAUGGGGCUCCAUCCCACGGAGGGCACUCCAGCGGAGGCAUCUCUCUAGGAGGACACACCGGCGGAAUUUCUUUGGGUGGCCAUUCUGGAGGUCUGUCGUUCGGCGGCGGUCACUCUGGAGGUCUGUCGUUCGGCGGCGGCCACUCGUCUGGGGGACACUCACUUGGUGGCGGCAGCAUUGGCGGUGGCUCAUUUGGCGGUGACUCCGGUUUCGGUGGUGGCUACGCCGGCGGUUACUCCGGUGCUCCUUUGGUACAAAAACACAUCUACGUCCAUGUUCCUCCCCCGGAACCUGUCGAGCACCACGCUCCUAGGAUUUCCCCGGUAGCUCCUCCUCAGAAACACUACAAAAUCAUUUUCAUCAAAGCCCCGACUCCCCCCAGCCCUACCGCUCCCAUCAUUCCCGUGCAGCCUCAGAACGAAGAGAAGACCCUUGUUUACGUGUUGGUUAAGAAACCCGAAGAACAACCCGACAUCGUCAUCCCCACCCCGGCUCCCACCCAGCCUUCCAAACCCGAAGUAUAUUUCAUCAAAUAUCAAACCCAGAAGGAAUCCGGUGCCAUCGGUGGUGGCGCUAUUGGCGGCGGUGCUAUUGGCGGCGGUCUCGGUGGUGGAAUCGGCGGAGGUGACUUGGAAGGCAUUGCCAUCUCGGGCGGCGACUCCGGUAUCAGCGGCGGCGGCGCUCACGGCGGGGCCGACAUCAGCGCUGACUUUGGCGCCAGCGGUGGCGACGACAGCGGAUCCGACGGUGGACACGGUGGCCAGGGUGGUGCUAGCAGCGCUCAAUAUGGUCCUCCCGGUCAUGUAGCUGGACCCCUUCAUUAAAUAUAGAAGUAAUAUGAAAUUCGAGCGGUAGCCAGUUCAAACUAUCCUAUUUAUUUAAAACAUGUAUUUAGGUACAGUGCCAAUAAUACUUGAAAAACAUAAGCAAUGGUGAAUCAAAUUAUGUCUCAUAAAAGAUGAACUGCGCCUGCUGCUAUCUGGCUACCGAACGCUUUGUACAUAGUCACCCAGUGUUCAUAUGUGAGGUCAUUCGCGCAAGAGGAAGCAUAAUUGUCUCAUCGCAUCUCAUUGUCAACUUGUUAUUAGUGCACAGUGUUACUGUUACGUUUUGUAUGAUAAAUAUAGUAUUUUUAUUUUUGUAUUAAAAAUGUCGAUGCAA